UAAUAACUUCUGUUCCUAUUCGACGACGGAGACGACGGCCGUCUCGAUGCCGAGUCGAGGCCUCUUCCGACGAAGCAGUUCCUCCAAGCUAUUUUCUCGUCUCAUCAGUCAGCUUGCUAAGUAAUGGGUAGUUGAGUUUGGUCUACGUAUAUUGGCCAGCGCAAAGGCCCAAUGUCCUUGAGGGCGGACUAACGGGCUGCUAAAGCCGAACGCUUUGUUGCGCUUCGCUGUUUCUCCUUCUGCAAGGACGUCACUAGCUGUGGCUCGGAAAUGGCAUAACGUCUGCAUCGUAAAACACGCUGUAGUUGUCACAAACACAUACGGAGGCACAGGAUACGCGUGUCACAAGAUCUAAAUAAAAUUCAACAUGGCAGACCUCAUCGCGCUCGAAGAGCACUACGUUUCUCCCCUUCUCGAUGCCAAGAAAGGCGGGGCCCCAAGCCCCGACACGUUCGGGCCCGUCAUUGUGGAAAAGCUGGGGGACAUAGGCCCGGCACGUCUUCGUGACAUGGCCGACAACUCCGUUGCCAUGACGGUGCUCUCCCACUCACCAGUUCACCCCGAUGCCGAGAUUUGUAAAGCCAUCAACAAUGAUCUUCACUCCAAAAUCAUCCACCAUCCGGCCGAGUACGCUGCCUUUGCUGUCUUGCCAAUGCACGAGCCCGCCGCCGCCGCUGCCGAGCUCCGGCGCUGCGUCCAGGACCUAGGCUUCGUGGGCACACUCACGGGGAACCACCUCGACGAUGGUAGCUUCUUCGACACACCCGACUUCCAUCCUCUCUGUGAAACCGCACAGGAUCUGGACGUACCAUUCUACCUCCACCCAACCUUCCCAUCCGAGCAAGAGUCCAAAGUCAACUUCCAAGGCCCCUACGACGUCGAGAUCGCAAAGGCGCUGGGGAGCUGGGGGUGGGGCUGGCACUCCCGAACAGGUCUCCACUUUCUCCGCCUCUUCGCCGCCGGCGUAUUCGACAAGUUCCCGAGACUCAAGAUUGUUCUCGGCCACAUGGGCGAGAUGCUCCCGUUCAUGCUCGAGCGCAUCAUCGGAGUGUCGGCGAGAUGGCCGGCACCCGGAGGCGGGGAGCGAAAGCGCGGGCUGAGGCAGGUGUGGGAUGAGAAUGUGUGGAUUACGACGAGCGGCAUGUUUUCGCUGGCGCCGAUGGCUUGUUUGUUGCAGGAGACCAAGGUUGAGAGGGUCAUGUUCAGUGUAGAUUAUCCGUUUGCUGGGAAUGGUGCUGGGAAGGAGUUUAUGGAUAAGUUGAAGGGGAGUAGGCUUGUGAGUGAGGAUGAGUGGGAGGGGAUUGCGUGGAGGAAUGCCAAGGGGCUUUUGAGGUUGGAUUUUGAGCCGAAAAAAUGAGCAUAUUGACCGAUUCUCUUAAGAUUUGACGACUGACAUUCUUAUCAAUGGC